AUGGAUGUGUUCUUCCACGUGUUCAAGGUCGCUGUGCCGCCAUUCCCUACACCGGACCAUUUCUAUUAUGAUGACACUUUUCUCGGUGCCGGCACUUACCUCGCGCACACCCGAAAGUUGACUUUGAGCUUCACUGCUUCCAACCCUUGGUACGAGUUGCACUUCGGCCCGUGGGCUGAGGAGGAUGCCGAAGGUGUACAACACAGGGAGAGGGGCGAUAUAUGCACUUCAGGCUUGAUCAUUGACUGGAUUCUGACUUAUCACAUCCAGAGCAUAGAGCUCCAGGGUGACAUCCAGGAAUGGGUCAAGAAGAAGUGGUACCAGGUCUUUGCGGGAACACAUCCGGAGCAAAAUGAUAUUGCAAGCCAGCAGCGCAUCUAUGAUAUUCAACAUCACGGUGAACAGCAGAAGAUGGCGGCUGGUAAUGCUUGGGUUCCUACCGAACACUAUCCGCCAACGUGUGUGUGCGAAGUACCGUGUCGCAGAUUGCGGCAUGGCAUUGUAGACUCGGAGGUAUGUUUCAGCUCUCCCCAUAAAAGAGGUGUUAAGGUUGCAUGA